GCACGGUGCCAGAGUGUUACACUUACACACCAGCGGCCAGAUGAGGGAGACAUACGGCUUCGGGACAUGUCGAAGUAUCUCCAGUCAUUUUUACAAGAUUUCAUCCGCUCCUCAACCAAAGUGGAAACAGCAGAGCGCGAGGCGUAGCGCUGCGGAGAGCGCGAGAGCGUGUUUGACAGAGAGGAAGCAGCAGUUUGGAGAGGAAGCCGGAGUGUGACGGUGAUACAGAGAGAAAAGACGGCAGCCAGCGCCGUCAGUCAUCCAUCCGGUCUGAGCUGAACUCCAGCUGUCAUCCUCGUGCCCCUCAGUACACAGCAAGUGACAUUCUGACACCAGGGGGCGCCAACAGGAGACUCAGUUCACUAAAACUUCAUAAGGUCUGAGCUUCAGCGAGCAGACGUGUGACGAGAGCAGCAUGAAUCCACAUCCUGUCUGAGGAGCAAACAGUCAGCACACAGUUCGCUGAGCAGCCCUGACCACCGUACUGUAACAUCAGCCCGGGCCUGAAAGGACAGCUUCAUUACCCCGUCCACCCACCCAAUUAGGGGCCAGAUGGCACUCCUGGCCAAUCAAAUCAUGGAUGCACGGAUCCUAAGCAGUAUGAACGGGAGAGCAGAGCUUUCCCAGUUCCUGAGAGUGGCCAAUCAAAGCAUGGUCUCCCAGGUAAACUCCACCCAGGACGACAGCCGCAAGAACAGGAAGUACCCGUGCCCGCUGUGUGGGAAACGCUUCCGCUUUAACAGCAUCCUGUCGCUACACAUGCGCACGCACACCGGGGAGAAGCCCUUCAAGUGCCCGUACUGCGACCACAGAGCAGCACAAAAAGGCAACCUGAAGAUACACCUCCGCACUCACAAGCAAGGCAUUCUGGGUAAAGGUAGAGGGCGGGUAAGGGAGGAAAACCGGCUGCUUCAUGAGCUCGAAGAGAGGGCGAUCCUGAGGGAUAGACAGACCCGACAGCAGACGUCCAGUCUGACCCAACUCCAGCUGUCGGGCUCGACCCCGCCUCCGUUUUUAACCCCGUCGGCUGCUGCAGAGACACAGCCCCACACCUCCACAUCGCCCACUGUCGCCACGGUCCCUGACGACCCCGUCCUACCCCCACCCAACGGCUACCGCUGCUCCUUCUGCAAGGGCAAGUUCAGGAAGCAGCAGGAGCUGGAGCGGCACAUCAGGAUCCUUCACAAACCCUACAAAUGCACGCUGUGUGAGUUCGCGGCGUCGCACGAGGAGGAGCUCAUCGGCCAUGUUGAAACCACGCAUAUAACCGCUGAAUCAGGCUCGGGGCAGAGACCCGCCGUGGCGGCCGGAGAGAAGAGGAAGCCGCUGGGGGAGUUUCCGUGCGAGGUGUGCGGGCAGACCUUCAGCCAGGCCUGGUUCCUGAAGGGUCACAUGAGGAAACACAAGGACUCGUUCGAGCACUGCUGUCAGAUCUGCGGGCGUCGAUUCAAAGAGCCCUGGUUCCUCAAGAACCACAUGAAAGUGCACCUCAACAAGCUAGCUGCGAAGCGGAGUCUCCCCUCGGAGCACGACCCGCCUGUGAACAUGAGUCAGCUCACAGCGGAUCACCAGAGCAGCCUGUACUCCCAGUACAUCUCACGCCUUCACAUGGCCGAACACCAGGACUACAACCAGAUGUUUGCACAGGCCGGCCUCGACAUGAAGGUCAGAGAGAUGCUAGGGAGGAUGAUCUCUGCAGGUCCAGGUGUGACGGACGCAGAGAGCUCCUCCUUGUUUGGUCUGAACCCCCCCCACACUCCCCUGAGCUCCUCCAGCAUGGACUACCUGCAGAAAGUCAUAUCCAACAGAGACGGCGGCAGCAGCUACCCGAGCUGGCAGAUCAUGACGGCCGGUCUGCCCGUAGAUCAGCAGAUAUUCAGCCACAAAGAGCAGCAGCAGCCGGCCUACCUGCCAGAGAGAUGUCUCCCUGUGGAUGAUGGGAAAGUGUGCCUCACUGAUGCUGACACGAAGCCCGUCAGCACACCGGGGAGCCCAGGAAGCGUGACUCAUCACGGACCAGCUGAGACCAGCACAGAGACGGGGAACCCCCUCGACCCUCGGCCCAAGUCCUCCUCUCCUGCUGCAGGGGAGAAAGUCUACAGGUGUCCGCUCUCCUCUGCUCAGACCGCCUCCCUCAGCUUCCACCUGGACCGCUACCACUUCCCCCCCUGGCAGACCAGCAGAGACCUCUCCUCUCCGCUGCAGCCGCCCAGCAGCGGCUCCAGCCCUAAUCCUAAACUCAGACCGCGGUCCGGCGAGGACUGGAGCCCUGCUGCAGGCCUCUACCACGGUCUGGAGAGCGAGAGCGCCCUGCUCCUGAACAAGCAGGCCAAUCUUUCUGACAGGGAGGCAGAAGGAGACGCCUCUUCAUCCGCUCGGAGCAGGAAGUCCCAGUAUGAGCCUUUAGAUCUGUCGCUGCGGCCUGAGUCAGUUUUCACCAACGGACUCUCGUCCUCCUCCAUAACCCGCCGGCUGCAGAGCUUCUCCAACCCUGCCAAACCCUCGUACCACUGUGACCUUCUGGGGCCGGGAACUAAAGAAGACCUGCAGAAAACCGGGCUGGAUGCUGAGGGGGAGUUUGAGAAUCCCGAGCUGGGGCGGGAGGACGAGAACGACGAGGCCGCCAAGUGGAAGGUGCUGAAGAACAGUGUCCUCACACCGGAGGAGACGGGGCACGCCAGCGCUGAUUUCCAGAAGAUGGAGGAGCCGAGCGCCUGGAGCCGAGCUGUUUCCGGAUCGCCGAUCUCAUCUCUGGAGAACCUGACCCCGGGACAGGCCGAUCCGCUCCAGCAGCAGGCCGGUCUGCUCUCCUUCCUCAGACCUCAGGGGGGUCUGAGCGGACCACACAAAGCCAGCAUGAAUGGAGGCGGGGACGUGGAGAGAGACAUGGCAUCAGCUCGGAAGCCCUUCCAGUGCCGGUACUGCCCCUACAGCGCCUCCCAGAAGGGAAACCUGAAGACCCACGUCCUCUGCGUCCACCGUAAGCCCUUCGACAACUCCCUCUACCCGGACCGCCGCCUCCGCCGCUCGCACCCGCCCCAGAGGCCCUCCAGACCGCCUCAGAGCGUCGCGGGAGAGAGCCGAGCGGCGGGCAGGGACCAGAUCGGCAUGACAUCACUCUGCGGGACUUGAUGUUGUCAUGGCAACAGACAGUUGUGAUUAUUGUUUUAGCUUCACCUCGACGGGGUUAGGAUGAUUGUGAAAACGUUAAGAUGUACAUUCCAGUGUCUACUUGAAGAGCCUCAGUGCGUAUUUAUCUGCCUAUAAUAAUAAUGAGAAUAAAGUCCAUGUGAUGUGAAUGUGA